AUGGAAUUCAUUCAUUCCUACUAUCCUGAAAAUGACAGAGGAAACAUGCUAAAUGAUAGUGAAAGUUUCUCAAUAAUUAUUAAUGAUAAAUGCUUAUCAGCACCAAAAUCAAAAUUAAUAAUUUGCUCAAAUACUGUUCACAAUGAGAUAAAAAUAGAUAAAACAAGGAAAUCAAUGAAUUUUAAUUUGAAUUUGGCUCACAAAGACUCAAUAAAUUUAAUUUCUCAAUGGGUCAAUAAUGGACAUCUUGAUUUUCCAAAUGAAAAACAAUAUUUCAGAGAUAUUUUCGAAAUAGGAAGAGUAUUAAAUAGUGAAUUCUUAACCAAAAUCUUCUAUGACUAUAUCAAAGAUUCAGAAAUCAACAUUGAAAACUUCAUGGACAUAUAUGAUUCAGCUUCAAUACAAAAAGAUGAUCAGAAGGCCAAUAAAUGCAUUUUUUUCUUUGCAUCUAAAAUGAAUGAAUUCACAGAAGAUUUUAUCACUAAAACAUUCAAAAACUGUGGAUAUGAUUUCUCUGAGAAUGUUUUGAAGUCAAACUCAUUAAGAAUUACAUCAGAAGACUCUUUAUGUAACAUAAUCAUUUCUUUAAGUAAAGCAAAUAGCAAAUUCUUUGAACUUUUGAAAUAUGUUAGAGUUGAAUACUGUAGCAAAAAUAUCAUUGAAAAAAUCUCGAAUUUUGCAGAGGAACAUGGUCAAGAAUCUAUUUCAAGUAUUGUAUUCAAGAAUGCAUUGAUGCAUCAUCCAAGAAUUCUACACAAACUCAGUCUUUCUGUUACCAAUGAAUUACAUAUCAAUGAUAAAACAGAUCAAAACACGAGAGAAUUAAGAAGUUUAAGAAAAUCUAGUGAUGAUUUUGAUAAAAUAUAUGGAGUACUUGAGAAAGCUAUAAAAGAUGAUGAUUUUAGCACAAUACAAGUUGCUGUUGAUGAAAAAUAUACAAAUGUAUACAAAUAUGGGUCUAUGAUAAGAAACGCCAUGUGGAGUGACAAUUUACCACUUGUAAAGUCAUUGAUUCAUUUCGGAGAAGAUCUAAGAAAUAAAUUUAUUUUUAAAGGAACAAUUCUUCAUGGUUAUUGCGAGAUUGGGAAUUUAGAUGGCGUUAAAUAUGCUCUUAAUUUUAUUGAUAUAAACGCAAAAGUUGAAAAUAAUUUCACUCCUCUUUUUAUAGCUGCUAUACAUGGCCAUGAUGAAAUAUGCAAAUAUCUCUGCUCUCAGAAAAAUAUUGAUAUAAAUGCUAGAGACAUAUUUUCUUACACAGCUCUUUAUUAUGCAAGAAAUCACCAAAGCACAUAUAAUCUUCUUAAAAGUCUUGGUUGCACAGAAUAA